GCAUGAUGGCAUGACGGACGACGCAUGCUGAAUGUUGAUUUUUUGCCUAACAGCUCAAUUUAAUAUUACUUGUGUUUUAAUUUGUCCCAAAUUUGGUCUUUUUAUUUUUCAGCAUUUUAUUUAGUAGUGACUGACCUGUCUGCAUUGAUUGUACCUCCUAGAAUACCAUCAGAGUUUUGCUUUUGUUGCAUUAGAAAUAGGGAAAUGAAUGGCGUUGUUUGGCCUAAUGCUUAUAUUAGCCGAUCCAGCUUGGUCUGACUGAUGAAUUGAGAUUUGACGAUUAUUAUUAUUGAAUAGGUGUCUGUCAAUAAUUGUUCCUCAAAGAUGGACAAACGUGUGGACAAUGUGAAAAAAUAUAUAACCAGUCUAUUGACUGCUAGCCCUUUAGCAAUGACAAUGAUUCAGCUGAAUAAGGAAUAUAGAAACACUAUUGGGGAACCUAUACCCUUCUCUAAAUUAGGCUAUAAUUCCUUGGAGCACCUUUUGAGAUCCAUACCAGAUACAGUUCGGGUACGCGGAACAGGUCCAAUGGCUGAAAUCCUCCCUGUAUUAUCAGAAAAGUCCAUUCACGUGAUGGAAAUGGUUUCCUCGCAAAGGAAACCUACCCCCAAAAGACGCGAUGCCUAUUACGGAACCAGAACUGUAGUCAUAGCCCCUAUGACAAAUAACAAGCCUUCUCCGAAGCCCCAACCCACAAUAAAUAAACCCCAGAAAAUGUUCUAUCCCAAGCCAACUCCUUCAGCAAUCCAAUCAAACUCGUCAAAUGUAACCGCUAAACCAGCGGGCAGCUAUAACAGUUACAAACCAUUAAUCCAACCUCCCACGCAACCACCCACACAACCACCCACACAACCACCCACACGACUCACACAACCACCCACACAACCACCCACACAACGACUCACAGCUACUCCCACACAGCCACUCACAGUCAAUAAAAACAUCAAACAAGAAAAUUACUCGCCACCCUCAAGCUCUUCAAGCAAAGGCAGAAUCAAUAAUAUCAUACUAUCUUCUCCUUCGGCGAACAAGUCGCAAGAAUCCAUUAUCAACUCACACAAACCUUCCCACAACCAUAACGCCACCAAUGGAACAGCAAGAGAGGAAGCGGGAGAGGCGGAGUCGAUAAACGGUUUCAAAAGUCUCAGAAGAAAGUCGUAUCACGUGGAAAAGGUGAAACCACCGACUGAAAAUCUCGAAGACAGAGUUCCUAGUGUCAUCAGGAACAAUCUCAAGACAAUGAUCAGUAUGCAUCCCGAAGGUAUUUGGUGUGCGAAAAUACCUGAGGAAUAUAGGAAAAUGUUCAACAAAGACCUGAGAUACCAAGAGUUAGGCUUCAAUAAUUUGAUAGACCUCUGUCUCGUGUUGGAGUCCGUAUUUCACUAUGUCCGACCAUCUUCAGACGAUUUCAAACUGUACGAUCGAAGUAAACCUCUGCCAACUUGCGCAGAGCAGAAUUACACUAUUGCCAGCUACAGCGAAAAUACGGAUAUGGAAGGAUCUAAGGCUUUGCCUGCAAUCGAUUGGAAGGACAUGAUUGGUUUUCUUCCUCCUGGAACUUUCAAUCCUGGCAGGGAGAUUCCAAGGGCGUUUUUACCUCCAGAAACUAGGGAAAACGAGUGUAUAGAUGUGGUUGUUGGGGAAAUUUAUGACCUUUCCAAGUUUUGGGUAUACAAAGAUGUGGAAAACCUCAACAAACUGAUGGAUGAUAUGCAAUUGUUUUACGAAAGUCAUUACUUGGAAUAUUUCAUGACGAAACAGUUGAUACGCGAAGGGGUGUAUUGCGUUCAAAUAAUUUUUGGGGAAUACCAUCGAGCCCUGAUCGUCGAUUUAACCCCUUUAAAUGAAGAUAUGAUCAGGGUGAUUUUCAUCGAUUACGGAACGAUGGCGAAAGUCUCGAUAAAGGAUUUGUGCUUUUUGCACGAACAGUUCUCUUAUCUGCCCGCGCAAGCGAUGAGAUGCAGACUCGCCAACAUUUGUCCCCCAGAAAAAGGGACUCCUUGGAGCAGGGAUUCCGCGAAGACUUUCAGGAAUAUCAUCCGAAAAAGGCAGUUGACGGCGAAAAUAAGUCGAAUACAUUGGAAGGAUCAGUAUAUGGAAGUUUUUCUGGCUGACACCACCGAAGAAAACAACGUUUUUUAUAUCAACGAUCGUCUCGUGGAAUUGGGUUAUGCAGUCUAUUCUGAUAAAGGUCAGAAGGAAUCAAUCGUAGACUCAAUUAGCAAACCCCUUGUCAAUUUCAUUCACUUAUUUCCAACCUUCGCGGAAUUAGAACAUGGAUUGGCACCUUCCACUGGCGAAAUGGAAAUCCUGCACGAUUGUAACGUACCCAUCAAUUUCUGUUACCCCCAGUACUUCUUCGUCGACACGUCCGACGAAGAAAAGAUCAUCAAACACGCCGUCUCUUUCCACGAAAAGCACUGCCUCAAGGGCAUCCGAGAAUUCUCCUUGCACGCCAGCCAUUGCAUAGACCGCUCCAAACUGGCCGAAGGCCCCCUUAACAUGAGCCUAUUCGGCAGCCUAGAGCCUGAGAUACGCGAAUUCAGCAAUGCAGUCAAGAAAGAGCCUAUGGACGCUGACGAGGAGUUCUCAGAUGCUGUGGAAGAACCUACCAAGUGCAGCACUGAGAAAAACUUGGCCAAAAUCUCCGAAAGGCUCGACAUUCUCAGGUGCCAGGCUGUCGAUGAUGUCAGGAAAGACUGUCUGCUUUCGGAGGACAUCAUGAACGAAAUUCUCAGCAUCUGCGAGGGCAGCGAGGCUCCCAAAGUAGCCUCUGGUGCUUCCAGCGAGAAACAGCUUGAAACUUCCCUGCAAGAAUUGCAAAUAGACCACCAGUUUGAAGUUCACCCUGAUGUGGAAUACGACUUGGAGGUUGUUGAGGCUGAGCUGCAAAUGCCUAAUAUUUCCCCUGAUGUGGUCACUGAAGAGGAAGUUCUUGAAGACAUAAAGGCGAACCUCGAAGACUGUGCAAAGACUGAUUGCUUGGCUCAAACAAACACCAAUCCUUUCUUGAGCGAUUUGUUGGUAGCCUCAGAGGAGAGCAUUACUAACAAUUUGCCGACUUUGAACAAGAACAACCCCUUUUUGACUUAUUUGGCGAAACAAGAGGAAGCAAUAGAGUCUGACAGCUCUGACAAAAGUAGCGGUUCAACGGUUUACGGAACCUACGUUGAGGAAGUCACUGUGGAACAAGAAUGGUCGACAGAAGACAAAGUUUCGGACGUGAUGAGCGUUUCCAGCUUAUCCACACAAAACUCCCACUACAAAGACGCCGUUUCCACCAUACCCUACGAGGAACCCGUGCAGCAAAUCCUACCACCGCCCACCCCCUACUGUUCCCCCUAUUCAGUGCCCUAUUUCCAACAUGAUUUGCUCGCCAGCAACCCCUACUAUAGGACGAGGUUCACGAACUUCGGUUACCCACAGCAGUCGUUCUUUCCGUCGGUGAUGCAGCCGAUGAACCGGUUCGGUUUCGGUCCGCAGGGGUCGAGUCUGGGCCAUCGGCCGGCCAUUUGCCCGCCUCCGGGGUUCGGACCGACUGCUCAGCAGCAAAACACGGGGCAGGGGCAAUGGCCGACUGCUCAGCAGCAGAACGCGGGGCAGGGGCAAUGGUCGACUGCGCAGCAGCAGAACGCAGGGCAGGGGCAAUAUUUGAGGUUUGGGUUCGUGCCCAAUAUGGCGGUCGGCGGGCAGUACAAUUGCGUUUCGAGGACGUCGGUGUCGAAUGUCAGUGUGACCAGUGAUAGGGACUUUUACGAGAUGUACAACGAGCGGUUGAGGAUGCAGGUUCGAGAUACUUCUAGCGAAUGAGAAUUGUUUUUUUCCUUUUUCGUUCAGGUUUCUAAAGAGUUCCAUGUAUUAUUUGAUAGCCAUUGAUAUUUUUGUGAUACAGGAGGUGUAUUUGUUUUGUAUUGAGAAUAUUGUUCUGUUUUUUAUUAUUGAUGAAACAUGAUGUGUAGAUUUUUUUGUACCCUACCUCAAUACCUAUAUAUUUGAAUAGGUACUUAUUAUGAUAAAAUGUUAAGUUGCCUCAAGUGCUAUUUUUUUUUCUUCCAAAUUGGCAUUAUUAAACAAUCCUAAACCAGUUUUUUAUCCUCGUUUCUAAAUAAAAAUAUGACUAAUAUUAAUAAGGACAAAUCAGAAGAUUAUAUACGCCAUUUUUUUCGAACCCUUGCCGAGCCGUUCCAGAGUCAUAAAAACUCGAUCACCCUGUAUUGUACUGUGAGAAUUAAUUUUUAAAAAAUGUUUGAUCG